AUGGCUUCGGCUGCAGCACUCGUCCUCAAGCUCACCUUCGUGUUACUGCUACUCUGGUUGCCGUCGGCGGCUCAACCAGGUUUCCUUAGUCUGGAUUGUGGCGGGGAGACUGGGGAGUACAUGGAUGGAGUUGGAAUCCACUGGACUUCCGACUCCAACUUUGUCUCCGGUGGCCAGACAGCGACCUUACCAGGCCAUCAACUUCAGAAGCAGUACAGGACUGUACGAUACUUCCCGCCGGACAAGAGGAAGUAUUGCUAUACUAUUGAUGCAAGGGAGCGGACAAGAUACUUAGUGAGGGCUAGUUUUCUAUAUGGUGACUUCGAUCACAGCCCUGUCUACCCUAAGUUCGAUCUCUCCCUUGGGUCCACUCACUGGUCCACGGUUGUGAUUUACGAUGCGAGCUCCGUCGUAGUUGAAGAGGCUAUUGUACUAGCUCCUACUCCCGAGUUGCGCAUCUGCCUCUCAGAAGCUACCACGGGCCAACCUUUCAUUUCUACGCUAGAGGUUCGAAUGCUUGGUGGCUCAGCUUACUCCACACCAUACGAGGCACAGUUUUUCCUGAGUCUAUUUGCAAGAAUCAACUUCGGGGCAGAAAACAAUCAAUCAAUCAGGUAUCCUGAUGACCCAUUUGAUAGAAUAUGGGAAUCUGAUUUGGGGAGGAGUGAUCUUUCUGAUGUUGCUGGUGGGACGAAAAGAAUAUCUACUUCGAAGUCAAUUUUUGUUGGUACUCAGGAAGAACCUCCUGAAAAGGUGAUGCAAACUGCAGUAGUUGGUCAAAGGGGAUAUUUGUCCUAUUGGCUUGCCAUGGAGACAUUCUCAGUAAAUGCAUGGGCAGCAACGUAUUUUGCAGAAAUCGAAGACCUAGCUCCAAACGAGACCAGAAACUUUACGUCACAUAUUUCAGGCUGGCCAGGAUUCAAUGAUUUAGCCAUUGACAUAGCGGCGACUACACAUGGAAAGUAUCGGGUAUAUGAAGCAAGCUACAGCAACCUCUCUUCUCUGGUUUUCUCUUUUGAGUUAGAGAAGGCGAAGAAUUCUUCAAGGGGACCCAUCUUAAAUGCCAUCGAGAUCUACAACUAUAUUCAAAUUACUCAGGAUGGGACAGGUGGCAGGCAGCCACGAAGGCGAGUAAUAGUAAUUGCUGCUUGUACCGUGGCUGGAGCUAUUUUGCUACUUGGUGCUAUUGGAUGCUGCCUGUUCUUUACGCGGAAGAAGAAACCCUCAGAUGGUGCGUGUCCAUUACCGAGUAUUUUGCAGCCACUUUUAGCGGAGCUAGGCUUGAACGGAUCAGCUACAGCAAGAUUUACCUUAUCGGAUAUUGAAGAUGCCACCAACAACUUUGAGAGAAUACUAGGGUCUGGUGGGUCUGCCAAAGUGUACCAUGGAAAGCUAAGAGAUGGGCGAGAGAUCGCAGCCAAAGUUCUGAUAAGCAACUCCGAUAAGAGCAUCAAGGAUUUUUUGAAUGAGAUAGCUUUGCUUUCCAGAAUACAUCACAGGCAAUUAGUGAAUUUCCUUGGUUACAGUCAGAAAAAGGGAAAGAGAAUUCUUGUAUACGAGUUCAUGGAGAACGGGACGCUAGAACAGCAUAUUCGUGGUGGACCUGAUGAUGUGAAAAUAACUAGUUGGUUACAACGUCUCCAGAUAGCAGAAGAUGUUGCAAAAGGUAUAGAGUAUCUCCAUACAGGAUGUAUCCCAGCCAUCAUUCACAGAGAUAUCAAGACAAGUAACAUUCUCCUCGACAAUAGCAUGAGAGGAAAAAUUUCAGAUUUUGGCAUAUCAAAGGCUAUGAUUGAUGGAGCUCCUAAGUCGGGACGCGGAGCUCCUGGGACAGUUGGCUAUGUCGAUCCAGAGUACGCUAGUUAUGGGAAGCCAAAUGAAAAGAUCGACAUCUAUAGUUUUGGCGUCGUUAUACUCGAGCUUAUCUCAGGCGAAAAGCCAAUCCCCGGUGAAAACUCGAGGCUCAGUGGUCAUGGUAACAUAGUCUUGUGGGCAAGAUCACAUAUGCAGAGCGGAACCAUUGAUUUAAUCAUAGAUGGAUCUUUAGAUAUUGGGUAUAACCCACAAUCACUGCAAAAGAUGGCCAACCUGGCUAUGAGGAGCGUGGAGCCAGAGGGCGCGCAGAGGCCAUCCAUAUGUGAGGUACUCAGGGAGAUCCAAGAUGCGAUUCGGCUCGAGGUGCAGUUAGAGGCGCCCAACAUGGAGGCAGUUGACACAGAAAUUGUGGAGUUGGAGCAUGUCCCUGAUAAUUGCCAAAUUUUCAAGGACAUGAUCAACCCUGCGAAUCGCAGAUAA